AUGGCUUCAGAGAUGCCCCUGGCAAAGAUGUGGGAGGAGGUCACGUGUGCUAUCUGCCUGGAUCCCUUCGUGGAGCCUGUGAGCAUCGAAUGUGGCCACAGCUUCUGCCAAGAAUGCAUCUCUGAGGUCGGGAAGGACGGGGGCAGCCUGUGCCCUGUGUGCCGGCACACAUUUCUGCUCAAAAACCUCCGGCCCAAUCGGCAGCUAGCCAACAUGGUGGACAACCUUAGACAGAUGGGCCAGGGCACUGUGGAGGGCCCAAAAGGGGAUCGAUGUGAGGUACACAGAGAGAAACUUCACCUGUUCUGUGAGGAGGAUGGGAAAGCCCUUUGCUGGGUAUGUGCCCAAUCGCAGAAACACCACAACCACACCCUGGUCCCUAUUGAGGAAGCUGCUCAGGAGUACCAGGAGAAGCUCCAGAAGGCAUUAGAGAAGCUGAGAAGAGAGCAGGAGUUUGCUGAGAAGUUGGAAGUCGAUAUUGUUGAGAAGAGAGAAGCCUGGAAGAAAAAGGUUGAGAUGUACAAACUGAAGAUUCACACAGAGUUUGUGCAGCAAAAGAACUUUCUGGCUGAAGAGGAACAGAGGCAGCUGCAGAAACUAGAGAAGGAAGAGAGGGAUCAGCUGAGACUCCUGGGAGAGACUGAGGCCCAGCUGGUGCAGCAAAGCCAGGCCCUGCAGGAGCUGAUCGCAGAGCUGGAGCAGAGGAGUCGGGGCUCAGCACUGGAACUGCUGAAGGAGAUUAAACAUAUCCUGGAAAGGAGCGAGGCUUGGAAACUGAGUGAGUUGGACAUUGUCUGCCCAGACCUGAGGAGUGAGUGCCGUGUGCCAGGGAUAAAGAAGAUGCUGAGGGCGUACGGAGUACACAUCACUCUGGAUCCAGACACAGCCAAUCCAUGGCUCAUCCUUUCUGAAGAUCGGAGACAAGUGAGGCUUGGAGACACUCGUCAGGAGGUGCCUGAAAAUGAAGAGAGAUUUGAUAGUUAUCCCAUGGUCCUGGGUACCCAGUGCUUCGACUCUGGAAAACUUUACUGGGAGGUAGAUGUGACCGGAAAGGAGGCCUGGGACUUGGGGGUUUGUAGAUACUCUGUGCAGAGGAAGGGACAUUUUUUGCUUUGCCCUGAGAAUGGCUUCUGGACAAUUUGGUUGUGGAACAAACAAAAUUAUGAGGCUGGCACUUCCCCCCAGACUUCCCUCCACCUUCAGGUGCCUCCAUGCCAAGUUGGAAUUUUCGUGGAUUGUGAAAACCACACUGUCUCCUUCUAUAACAUCACUGAUCACGGCUCCCUCAUCUACACCUUCUCUGAAUGUGUCUUCACUGGGCCUCUGCGGCCCUUCUUCAAUCCUGGUUUCAAUGAUGGAGGAAGAAAUGCGGCCCCUCUGACCCUGUGUCCACUGAGGCUGGGACGGUAG